AUGGAAGAAGAGAUGGUUUCAGCAGCAAGAGAGGUUGGAGGGUGGAGAAGAGAAAGAUUCAAGGGCGUGGUCCCACAGCCAAACGGCCACUGGGGCGCACAGAUAUACGCCAACCAGCAGCGCAUAUGGCUGGGGACGUUCAAAUCCGAGACGUCCGCAGCCAUAGCCUACGACAGCGCCGCCAUGAAGCUCCGCCACGGGGAUUCCCACACAAACUUCCCACCAACGGCUCUGGAACUUGGGUUCCAGAGCCAGUUGAGCACGGAAGCCCCUCCUCUUCCACAAGGAGCUGACCCCAAGCGACGUGGGCAAGCUCAACCGCCUCGUCAUCCCCAAGAGGUACGCGGUGAAGCAUUUCCCCGACGUGCCCGGGGAGCAGCAGGUGCAGCUGGAGGUGUACGAUGA